AUGUUCCCUAAUUAUGUUAGGAGCCCUAGUUAUGUCACUGAGCUAUGUGAAAGAGAGUAUCCCAUUAGUAUAACAGUUAGUAUACUGAAUACUGAUAAUGCAGUCAUAAAGAAUACCAGUUUUCUUGGUCCAGUUACUAACAUUGACUCUUCAAUUGACAACUUUCCAAGAUCAGUUAAAAAAGGUGCUUCAGAUAUAAUAACAUUUAAUGAGACUAGUGCUACUGCUUCUUAUGAUAUACCAAUUACACUGGAGUGUACUGGUGAAGCUCCUAAGAAUGCUACAGUUACUAUACAGUGUACUGGAACUGGUGUUGUAUAUGAUAAUACUAUACUAGUGGAAUAUGCUAAACGACCAAUGAAUAUAACAGGAUUAAUAUCAGUACCUCAGUAUCAACAGUGUAAUAUCACUGUUGUAUUUAGUAAUGAGGCUGGUAGUAGUAAACCAUUUAUACUAGCAUUUGACACUACUCCUAUAAUUGAUCCUACUCCAUCACUUACUAGUACUUCAUCUCCUGAUCCAAUAAUAACUAGACCAGUAAUUAUUGGAAUUAGUGUUGGUGGUAGUAUUGCUGUACUACUGAUAGUAAUAAUAAUAAUAGUGAUUAUAGUGGUUAUAUGCUAUAAGAAGAGAAAUAAAAAGAGAGGACAACUACUUCCUGAAAGGGUACAAUUUGAUGGAAGUUCUGCUUGUUCAUCUGUUAGUAUGAGCAAUUCUGAACAUGAUAUGGUCAGUAAAGCACAAACUGAGACAACUGUUGUUCCUGAAGGUGACAAUAUUGCCCCAAAGCCAUAUGAUAUUGAUCCUGUUGAAGCUAGUCCUGCUACACCUGGAAAUAGUGAAGUAAUGGCAAAACAAGUGAAUAAAAAUAAGAAACAAUCAAAAUCAUCCACAAGCAAAAAAGAAACUAUUACUGAGGGAGGAGCUGCUAAAGAGCUGAUAUAUUCAGAUUUAGGAUUAGCACCUGCAACUACUAAAUUAGCAAAAACUGAAGCACCAUCAGUUUUAUAUGCUGACAUUAAAAAAACUGUACCUAAAGCCACUGCUCAACCUCAGUCUUAUGAUGAUGUGGUAGUAUCUACUGCUAGUGGUACUACUGUAAUUGGAGCUACUCCUCCAGCAAUACCUGAUAAGAAAAGUAAUGGAGCUACUACUACUGGACAAGAAACUAAUGGUGGAACUGAUGCUGCAAGGAAUUUACCACAUCAUGUCAAUGAUGAUUCACAUUUUUCCUCAGCUCCUCCUUCCCAUCCUCCUCCUCUGCCUCCUCACGCAAGUGCAGAGGGAGGGAGGGAAGGAAGGACUUCUACUGUUGCAACUUAUUUGUAAUGCGUGUUAAGCAAAAGCUAUGUUCUUACCUAUUCAAGAUUAAAACUGAGUUAUACUAUGUUACAGUUCAACUUGAUUAGUAUAAUUUGUAUUUCAGAUUUUAUUUUUACUUUUAUAAUUAUCAAUUAAUAGUGAUCCACUGAUCAACACCCUGUUAUUCA